AUGUUCUCUCGUAGUACUCGUAUAGUCGCUUCUCGUUUACCAUUUCAACUAACCUCCUUCCGACUGGGCGUACACACACACACACAGUCGGACAGUCAUUCGGGCGCCACACCUCGCACACAGACACGCCGACGUAAGCGGCAAGGUCAGAGACGCCGGCACAGAGCCCGGCUGCAGCCGAGCCCCCUCCGUCUCUCUCUCUCUCUCUCUUCUUGCGUUCGUUCAUCCCUUUACUCGCACGGCCCGCCAGCCAGCCAGCCCUCGUCGUGA